ACGGGACUGUGCAGUCUUCGCGCCAAUAGUGUCUACAAUCAACUGUGCAGAACGUACCCCUCCCACGGCCAGUAUAGGAGUAUUGAUGGACAGAACACACACAGACAUGAACCCUUUGCCACAAGUUAUGUUCAACGACCAGCUGUGUCCUGUUGACGUCAGAACAAACUCUGUUAUUGUUCCCAUGAGAAUACCUCUAGAAUCUAUCUCCCUGCCAAGCCGACAGCAGCCAACAGUCAGUCCUCGCUAUGUAUCUGACAAUCCCGUCUACCAGCUUCCUUGGUCGAAGAAGCCCCAGCAGGCGUGCAAGGACAGAAAGAAGAAGAAUGAAGUGAAUCCUUUCCGGUUGUUUGAACCCUCUCAGCCCACGAGGCCCAGGAACACUCGAAUCAGCCGAAAAUCUACGAGGAUCAGCCAGACGAUCAGUCCAGGGAUACAUGUCGCAUCACCGAUGGGUAUGCUGAAACAUCUGCAUUUAGCUGAUCCCCCAGCUUCCGUUCCACCAACCGUAGCCACAAGCAUCAAUAAUCCGGUACAGACUGCAUUGCCACCUAGGAGGGGUUUCCGGAGGCUAAAACCCUACCAGAAGUCAGAUCCCUUCACCAUUCACAAACUUUCAUCGAAUCAACAAAUAAUCUCUCACCAGGGACAGCUGGUGGUUAGUCCAAAUCGGAUCUUUAACCAGAUUCCACAUACCAGACCCACCGUGCCGACCUUUGUACCAGUAAACCAGCAAGGGGCAGCCAUUCAGUUUUUCGAGGGACGAAACAAGGCCUCAACAUAUCACCCUAUUCAAACACACCAGGAAAAGGCAGUUGAGUUCGAAAAUAGAAACGUGUUUUCAGUAAAGUCAGGCUACGGCUCCGACACAUGUGGUUUUGAGAGGAAUUUUCUCCCUGUCAAAGUACAGCCAUACUAUCAUGGAAUUUCUCCUGGAGAAGAUGCUCUUGUUCUUCCCCUGACACCCCAACAGCCUACUGAAGGCACCACUAUUAGUCAGCAAUGGAAGGCUCCACCCGUUUACCCGUCUUCUGGGUGGGAGCGCAUGGCUCCAUCCAUUUACCCUUCUGAACGGGAGCGUAUGGCUCCACCCAUAUACCCUACUCCCGCCUGCCCACCCACCGAGGGGGAGAGUGUGGCUCCAUGCAUCUACCCUUUUACAAAGUGGGAAUGUGCGGCUCCACCAGGCUGCUCUGCUAAUGAUUGGAAGCAACUAGUUCCAUCUGUCUACCUUCCUGAUGAAUACAAGCCUGUGGCUCUGACCUGUUCAUCUGCUGAGUGGGGAGGUUUUUCUGUGUCAGAUGCAACUCACCGGACAACAACUGAGCACAUGUGCGUUCAGGAUCAACUUAUCGAUGUAAUUACCGAGGUGAGAAAGGACACUUUGGCAAGCUCUUCUGAUUGCUCUCGACCCGUCCCUUGUCCUAUUGAGCAGUUGUCGCGUGACCUUGACCUCGCCGAGGCCACAUCAAUGGCUCUAAUUGUAGUUACCAUGGGUAACGGAUCCUUCAUUGCAGACGACAUGUUCCCGGAUGAGUACAGAUCAGUGAUAUGUGAACUGGAUUCAAUUGUGGAAGAGUCUCGACUAAUGGAAGCAUUCUCUGUAGAUGAACACGACGUUAAUGAGAAUGACGUUGUGGUGGUCCAUGACGAUACUGAGUCGCCAUCUGAAUCGAGCAUCGACAGUGAUGUGGAUGUGGAUUCAGAUAAUCGCUCUGAUACAUGUUCCACAAGCAGGCCAUGGCCUCGUAACGUAGCUGGAUCACUGAGGUGGGUAAAGGGGCAACAGCAUGACCCGGUUGCUUUUGGAAGGAAAUGUUACAUGGGUACCCGUGGGGACUUGAAUGUUCCCCUCACUAGUGUGGACCACACCGUGGAUUACAUACUCGGACUCGACUGCCCACUGCCGCAGUUCGUGGAAACAUGACUUCACGACAGUACUGCUUGACCCUACAAGAAUGAAUGACGGAAUGAGUCGUCCAUUAUUCUUGGUUUACCAUUUCCUAUGAUGCAACUACUUGCGUGUGUAAUGAACACCUUCCAAAUAACAACUCUCA